CACUUUUAGAUAUCAUAUUUGACCUGUUUUGUGGAAAAUUUUCAUUUCAUUUGAAGCAAACACAAUGGUUGUACCGACUUCCUCUCAUCUCAAUUUUACUGUGAGAAGGCGCCAACCAGAGCUUGUAGCUCCAGCAAAGCCUACUCCUCAUGAGUUUAAGCCACUGUCUGACUUGGAUGACCAAGAAUGCUUACGUGCCCACAUCCCACUGGUGCAUUUCUACCGUCACAAGGCUUCAAUGGCGGGGAAGGACCCUGUCAAGGUCAUCAAAGAUGCUUUAGCUCAAACACUGGUAUUUUACUAUCCAUUUGCAGGUAGACUCAGGGAAGUUGUCGGCCGCAAACUUUUGGUGGAGUGUAAUGGAGAAGGCAUUCUUUUUAUUGAAGCCGACGCAGAUGUAACGCUAGCUCAGUUUGGUGACAAUCUUAAACCUCCAUUUCCACGCUUCAAUGAACUCCUUUACAACGUUCCUGGUUCUGAAGGAAUCCUUCAUUGCCCACUCUUGCUUAUUCAGGUAACACGUCUCAAGUGUGGAGGCUUCGUGUUUGCUAUUCGUAUGAAUCAUACAAUGACCGACGGACCUGGCAUUUUCCAGUUCAUGAAUGCUUUAGCCGAAGUAGCUAAUGGGGCAAGUGAACCCUCCAUCAUUCCUGUUUGGCAUAGGAAGCUUCUAAGCGCCAGGGACCCACCGCGUGUUUCUUGUACCCAUCGUGAGUUUGAUGAAGUGGUUGGUGCAACCAUCCCCUUAACAGGCAUAACAUACGAGUCUUUCUUCUUUGGGCCAACUGAGAUAUCUGCCCUUCGUCAUCUAAUUCCUCAUCACCUCCAGAAAUCUACAACAUUUGAGGUUCUCACAGCAUGUCUCUGGCGUUGUCGCACUAAGGCUUUACAACUUGAUCCGAAUGAUGAUGUCCGUGCAUUGCUCAUCGUCAAUACACGUUUUGGACAAGGUAGGUUUAACCCUCCAAUACCUUGUGGUUAUUAUGGCAAUGCUUUUGUGUAUCCAGCCGCAGUAGCCACUUCAAGGGAACUUUGUGAAAGCCCAUUAGGACAUGCCUUGGAGUUGGUGAAAAAAGCCAAGGCAAAAGUGAGUGCAGAGUAUGUGCAUUCCAUGACUGAUUUUUUGGUUACUAGAGGACGGCCUUGUUUUACAUCAACGAGAUCAUGGAUGAUAUCAGAUCUAUCGUGUCUUGGCUUUAGAGAUGUUAAUUUUGGGUGGGGCAAGGCUGUGUAUGCUGGUCUAGCUAAGGCUGGACUUGGACCGCUUACUGGAGUGAGUUUCUCCAUCGCAUCUGCCAACAACAAAGGAGAGGAGGGUAGAUUAGUGCUUAUGUGCUUGCCAUCCAAGGCCAUGAAGAUAUUUGGCAAGGAGUUGGGUAACAUGCUUGGUAAUUACGAGAACAAUCAAAAUUAUAGCGCUAUCCUGUCUCACUUGUAGUGACUAGCAAAAACAAGGGCAAUCAAAUUAGAGUAUGAUUUAUAGUUUUUUUUUUUUUUUAAGUUUGUUAAGUUCGUCAAACGGGGGCAAUUAACAAUUUACAUUGCUCUGUUUACAUGCGCCUGUGUCUAAUAAGGCUAUUAAGAGAAGAUAAGCAAUAAACAUUCACUUUACCUUUGUAUUA